AUGUUGCUACGGCGAAGCAAAUCUGGCGAGCUGAAGGGCAAGAAGGCCCAGGCUUUGCGUGAACAAGAGCUCCAGCGUCAGCGCGAGGCUGCGAUCCCCAAGUCCCCGCCCCGUCUUCCCGUCCUUUAUAAUGGCGCCCCGGCUCCCAACCUAGGCAGUUCCUUUGGCGAGCCCGCUCAUGAUGCGGCUCCCACCGACUACUACAACAGCAACUACACACCGCGUCCCUCCAUGGAGCCCAGCCGCUCCGUGGCCAACGUACCCAUCAUGCCGCCCGUUCCCUCGGGCGCCUGGGUUGAUCCCUAUGCCCGCACCGAGAGCAUGACCCACCGUGGCCGCUACAGCUAUGCUAGCAGCGCCAUUAGCACGAUCAACAGCCCCCGCCGCGUUCGCCGGAGGAAGGACCCGACGCCAUUCAACAUCCUAAUUAUGGGUACUCGGGGUUCUGGCAAGACGUCCUUCCUGGAAUUCCUCAAGACCUCACUAGCCCUGCCCGCGAAGAGGCGCGUAAAGACCUUUGACGCCGACGAGUUUGUGCCCGCCGCACCGCCGUCGGGCAACUUCGUCCCCCACUUCCUGGAGACGGAGAUUGAUGGCGAGCGCAUUGGCAUGACCCUGUGGGACUCGGAAGGCCUGGAGAAGAAUGUUGUCGACCUGCAGCUGCGCGAAAUGUCUGCCUUCCUCGAGAGCAAGUUUGAGGACACCUUCAACGAGGAGAUGAAGGUUGUUCGCUCCCCCGGCGUCCAGGACACACACAUCCACGCCGUCUUCCUGGUUCUCGACCCCGCUCGCCUGGACCGGAACAUUGCCGCAUCCAAGAACGAGCAGAACAUGAACGGCAACGGCGUGGACCGGAAUGGCGGCCCUGUGAAGUACGUCCCGCAAGCACGUGUGCUGGGUGCGCUGGAUGAGGACCUCGACUUGCAGGUGCUGCGUACGCUGCAGGGCAAGACCACGGUGAUCCCGGUCAUUUCCAAGGCCGACACGAUCACGACAAAGCACAUGAGCGUGCUGAAGAAGUCGGUCGCAGACAGCCUUAAGCGGUCGAACCUGGACCCUCUUGAGUCGCUCGGCCUGGACGACCUUGACGAUGGCGCAAGCACGAUCGAUUCCAACCGUAUCGAAGAGGAGAGCGACGAGGAGACGGCCGCCGCCGAGGUUGGUGGUGUCCACACCCCCGUCGACAACAGCGAUAUGGACGUCGCUGCGUUCUCGGACGGCGAGACCGGCCUGCCGAUCCAGGGCCAAGUGCGUGCGUCCUACACACCACCCUCGCAGACGCCCAAGUCGUCCAAGCGGCUGUCGUCGACGCCUGGCCGUCGCAACCGCGAACGCGACACAGAGCACCUAGACACCAAUGAGGACGACGAGCCACCCUUCAUCCCAAUGUCGAUCAUCAGCCCGGAUAUCUAUGAGCCCGGUGUUGUUGGCCGGCAAUUCCCCUGGGGCUUCGCCGAUCCGAACAACGCAGACCACUGCGACUUUUUGCGCCUCAAGGAUGCCGUCUUCACGGAGUGGCGUGGCGAGCUGCGCGAAGCCAGCCGCGAGCAAUGGUACGAGGGCUGGCGGACCAGCCGCCUCAAGCAGGGCGGCCGCAACACCCGGACGUCCCUGCGCCGAUAA